AUGACUCUCAGAGAGCGCACAGCCCAGUUGGCAGAGAAGUGCCAGAUCAAGCACGAGUACUAUGACAACAACGCUGAGGGCGCGCAACGGAGUAAAUAUCUUUGGAGUCCUGACCUAGCUCCAGUUGAGCCGGCACGACGGACAUGGGGUUGGUACAACUUCAUGAAUCUCUGGAUCUCGGCCUCGUUCAAUGUCAAUACGUGGCAGCUUGCCGGGAGCUACGUCGCCGCCGGUCUCGCCUGGUGGCAAGGCUGGCUUUGUAUCUGGGCAGGGUAUAUCCUGACGGGUAUUUUCGUCUCACUCGGAGGCCGAAUGGGGGCCAUGUACCACAUUUCGUUUCCCGUGGCGAUUCGCUCUUCUUUCGGCAUCUAUGGGUCGAUUUGGCCAGUGCUCAAUCGUAUUGUCUUGGCCAUUAUCUGGUACUCGGUCCAGGGCUGGAUUGGAGGACAGUGA